UAUGUAAACUCUCUCUCUCUCUCUCUCUCUCUCUCUCAGUACAUAAGGCCCAAAACGCACACUCUUCCCUGGGACUCCCGCCCUUACCUACACACUCCGAGUCGGGCAAGAUGGCGGCCUUCAGAGCGGCUGUACGAACCUUCACGAGACUCGGAAAUUCAGGUGUUGCUGAGUGUGUGGAGAAGCUGACAGGGCUGAGGCUGGCUGGGGUGGGGCAGGUUGGCGGAAACCUGCUGGCAAGCCACUCUCGGGGGCUCAGGACUCCUCCUGCUUCUACCUCUGCCCUACCCCACUCCAGAUACCAGGCAGUCCAACAGGAGGUGGUGGUGGAUGACACAGAUGCCUUGAAGGAGUUUAGCCAUGAGGUGAUAGGGAAAGUGGAUGAGCAGGUGAGGGACGGGGCGGCAGGACGGCUGUUUGCAGCAGUGUACCUCCAGGGCAAGCAGCACCUAGUGACACCCGGCGACCUGGUGGUGGUGCAGACAGCCUUCCCGCCAAGCAUAGGAGAUGCCAUACGCCUGGAGAAGGUGAUGGCGGUGGGGGCGAGGGACUUCACACUGUUUGGGCGGCCUCUGCUUGGCAAGGACUUGGUGCGGGUGGAGGCGACGGUGAUAGAGAAGACGCUCUCUCACUGCCGUGUUUACUUCUACUACCGCCGCCGUAAGAACACCCGCAGGACGAAGUUUAACCGGACAACACACACGCUCCUGAGGAUCAACCGCAUCGAAAUUACACAUGGCAUCAAUGAGGUGCCCGAGACAACAGGUGUUGAGGGCAGGGUGUUGUAGCGACAGAUGUGAAAUCUUGUAAAUAGUGUUACCUUUGCUACUACUACUUCUGCUCUUUCUGUGAAUUUUGAAAGUCUUGUACAAAUAUUUCCUGUUUCCUCUACUCUUACAUCUGUUGUUAUAUGUAUGUAUUAGAAUAUUACAGCAAUAAAGAUUCAAAAUACUGACCAACAAG